AUGAAAAAUAUAAACUCCUUCACCUUUGUCAUCUUUGUCCUGAAUGUUUCCUUUAUUUUCUGCAGUUUGACUGAGCCCAAGUGCUUCUGGAGAAUGAAAGACAGAAACAACCGUGAGGGAGAUAAAGAGGUUGAUUGUUUCUUUUCCAUUUAUGCAAAACAUGGUUAUGUGCAGAAUGACCAUUUCAGUGGGAAUAUAGAUAAGAACUUGACACCUAAGAACAUCCACUUGAUAUUCUCUCUUUAUUUUGCUAUGGAAGAAAUCAACAAAAACCCUAGUAUUUUGCCCAACAUUUCUCUGCUAGUUAAAGUUAAAUGCAACAUAUUGGCUGAUCUGUGGAAAACUUCUUUGUCUGAAAAUAGAAGAAAAUAUACUCCUAACUACUACUGUGAAAAUCAAAUAAGAUAUUUAGUUGUACUUACAGGACCAUUGUGGUUAAUAUCUGCCAUGCAUUCACCACACCUAUACAUCUCUAGAACUCCAGAGCUUUACUAUGGUCAUUUUCAUCCUCUUCUGAGUGCCAAUGAAGAUUUUCCUUAUUUCUACCAGAUGUCUCCCAAGGACACUUCUCUAGCACUAGCCAUGGUGUCCCUGGUGGUUCACUUCAGAUGGAACUGGAUAGGAGUGGUCAUUUCAGAUGAUGACCAUGGAAUUCAAUUUCUUUCUGAUCUGAGAUGGGAGAUACAAAGACAUAUUAUCUGUUUAGCAUUUGUGACUAUUAUCACAAUGGAUACAGUAUUAUACUUUAAAAUGUUUAAAAAUUACUAUAACCAGAUUAUACUGUCAUCAGCAAAAGUUGUGCUCGUUUAUGGAGACAAAGAAUCUCAUCUACAAUGGAACUUUAUAGUGUGGAGAUCACUAGACAUUCGGAGAAUCUGGGUCAGUGUGUCACAAUUUGAUAUGAUCACAGUGAAGGGAGAUUUCUUGUUUAACACUUUUCAUGGUUCUCUAUUUUUUUCACAUCAGCAGUCUGAGAUAUCUAAUUUUAAACAGUUUAUACAAACAGUACACCCUUUAAACUACAGUAAUGAAAUUUCUCUUUCUAAACUAUGGUGGGUUUAUUUUAACUGUUCAUUGUCAUCAGCUAAUUGUACAAAGCUUAAGAAUUGUUCAACCAACACCAUUUUGAAAUGGUUAUCUAGGCAGAAUUUUGGAAUGUCCAUGAGUGAUACAAGUUAUACCUUAUACAAUGCUGUGUAUGCUGUGGCCCACUCACUCCAUGAGAUGAUUCUGCAAAAAGUAGACUUAUGGUCAAAUAAUGAUGAGAAGAGACUGGAGUUUGACUCCUGGCAGAUAUUCUCUUUUCUGAAGAACAUACAGUUUGUCAGUCCUGCUGGAGAUCUGGUGAACAUGAACCAGAAAGUUAAACUGGACACAGAAUAUGACAUUCUCUAUAUUGUGUAUUUUCCACAAAAUUUUGGACUGAAGGUGAAAAUAGGAAAGUUUUCCAGAUAUGUUCCAAGCGAUCAGCAAUUGUAUAUUUCUGAUGAAAUGAUAGAAUGGGCUACAGAUUUUAGACAGAAUUUGCCUUCAAUAUGCAGUAUUCCUUGCAGUCCUGGAUUCAGAAAAUCCCCACAGGAAGGAAAGGCUGUCUGUUGUUUUGAUUGUAACCAUUGUCCAGAAAAUGAAAUUUCCAACAUGACAAACAUGGAUCAGUGUGUGAAGUGUCCAGAUGACCAGUAUGCUAACACAGAUCAAACUCAAUGCAUCAAAAAAGUUGUGACAUUUCUGUCUUAUGAAGACCCCUUGGGAAUGGCUCUGACCUGCAUGACUCUGUGCUUCUCUGCUCUUACAGCUAUUGUCUUCUGUGUCUUCUUGAAGCAUCAAGACACUCCCAUUGUCAAGGCCAAUAACAGAGCUCUCAGCUAUGUCUUACUCGUUUCCCUAUUUGUUUGCUUUCUCUGUUCCUUGUUCUAUAUUGGCCAUCCAAACACAGUCACCUGUAUAAUGCAGCAGACCACAUUUGCAAUUGUGUUCACUGUGGCUGUCUCUACUGUCUUGGCUAAGACACUUACUGUAGUGUUGGCAUUCAAGGUCACAGUUCCAGAUAGAAGGAUGAGGUUCCUGCUGCUCUCUGGGUUACCUAACUUCAUCAUCCCCAUAGGCACCGGAAUUCAACUGAUUCUCUGUGGAAUCUGGGUGGGAACUUCUACUCCAUUUGUUGAUGCUGAUGUACACGUGGAACAUGGCCACAUCGUUAUUAUUUGCAACAAAGGUUCCGUAAUUUUCUUCUACUGUGUCCUGGGCUACUUGGGCUCCCUUGCCCUAGCAAGUUUCACUGUAGCUUUUCUGGCAAGAAAUCUACCUGACACAUUCAAUGAAGCUAAGUACUUGACAUUCAGCAUGGUGGUGUUCUGCAGUGUUUGGAUCACCUUCCUAGCUGCCUACCACAGCACCAAAGGCAAGGCUAUGGUAGCAGUGGAGAUCUUCUCUAUCUUGGCCUCCAGUGCAGGGAUGUUACUUUGCAUCUUUGCCCAAAAAUGUUACAUUAUUUUGUUAAGGCCACAGAUAUAUUCUUUUCACAAGUUCAGAAAGACACACAUUAAAAACAAAGAUAUACACUGUGUGGCAAGUGCAAUUCUUAAUAAUUUGUAA